GGCCGCGGCCUGGCGCCGCUCUCCCUUCCGCUUCCGACGCGCCCUAGUCGAGCCGGUGUAUGUGCGGUAAUAACAUGUCCGCCCCGCUUCCCGCCGUCGUGCCCGCCGCCCGCAAGGCCACCGCCGCGGUUAUUUUCCUUCAUGGAUUGGGAGAUACAGGGCAUGGAUGGGCCGAUGCCUUUGCAGGUAUCAGAAGUUCACACAUCAAAUAUAUCUGCCCGCAUGCGCCAGUUAUGCCUGUUACAUUAAACAUGAACAUGACUAUGCCUUCUUGGUUCGAUAUUAUUGGGCUUUCACCAGAUUCACAGGAAGAUGAACAUGGAAUCAAGCAAGCAGCAGAAAAUGUCAAAGCAUUGAUAGAUCAAGAAGUGAAAAAUGGAAUUCCAUCGAACAGAAUUAUUUUGGGAGGAUUUUCUCAGGGAGGAGCAUUGUCUUUAUAUACUGCUCUCACCACACAGCAGAAAUUGGCAGGAGUCAUUGGGCUGAGUUGCUGGCUUCCACUACGGACUUCGUUUUCACAGGGUCCUAUCAGUGGUGCUAAUAAAGAUCUUUCUAUUCUCCAGUGCCAUGGAGAUUGUGAUCCUUUAGUUCCCCUAAUGUUUGGUUCUCUUACUGUAGAGAGACUAAAAACAUUGGUAAAUCCAGCCAAUGUGACCUUCAAAACCUAUGGGGGAAUGAUGCACAGUUCAUGUCAACAGGAAAUGAUGGAUGUCAAGCAAUUCAUUGAUAAGCUGCUCCCUCCAGUGGAUUGAUGCCACUCAGAGGCCUUGUGUGGAUGUGCACCAGCAUCAUUGCCGUAGAGUAGACACCUGUUCAUGUACCCAAUUUGGAACCUUCUCAUGUUUGCAGUGUUAAAAUGUUUUGCAAGUACAUACUAGUGACACAGGCUAAGGAAUUUUUCCUCAUGGGAAAUUGAUCAUUAUUUCCGUUUCUAGACAUGUAUUUGUAUAAUACGGUCCAGAAUACACUAGUAUUAAAAUAGUUGAAGCAGCUAGCUUCUUUUCUCCUAAAUGUAAUUC